UUCAAAUAAGAAAAUAGAAAAACUAAACGUUUCUAGUGCUGUAUUAACAAAUAAACUUUUAAAAUACGCGCCUUAUGAGCAAUUUGUUAUCGCAAUUAAAAUAUAAAUUGUGGUUGGUCGAUUGAUCACGUGGUACUCUAUACUUGAUGCAUGAUAGGUUAGAGCUUCUUUCAAUCGUGAAAGUGUGACACAGCCCAAAUAUAAUUUUCGAUCGUAUGUAUGGUACAAACAAUACUACAAUCAAAAGGAAAUGUGUGAACGAUUAUAUACGUAAUUGUGGGUUAACUGUCAUAAAGCGCCGGACAUAUUAGAAUAACUAAGUAAUUACAUCGAGGUGAAAUAAUACAUUUAUGAAGGAUCGAAUAAAGCCGAUUUGUACUUGAGGAAAGUUAUAGAUUAUUUGAUAUAACAUUCAAAAUGGAUUAUGAUAAGGUCGUAGGAAAUUUGCGAGCGGUAUUAUUGUCCUCUAAGGGAGGUGUACCCAUAAAUGAAAUAAACCAAGAUUUCAAAAUAAUCAUUGGCGAAAGUAUACCAUAUCACAAGCUUGGUUAUCAAUCUUUGGAAGCUUUCUUAAGAUCAAUAUCUGGAAUUAAAAUAACUAAUAAAGAUGGAAAAACGUAUGUAGAAGCUCUACCUAAUGAAAAGUCUUGUCAUCUUUCUAAACUAGUAUCACGACAGAAGACUAGGAAAAAGUCACGGAAAAGUUUCCAUCAGAAUUCAAUGCCACGUCGAAUUCCACGUUUAACCAAGAGGGUCAUUAACUCUGGGAGAAAUCGUAAUGCAAAUUCUUCCAUGCUAAAUAAACAUUCGACCAGAUAUAACGCUGGUUACAAACAAGAAAAGAUCAUACCUCUGAUGCAAGUUCCGACAGGAUAUGCAUCAUCUAUUUCUUCUUUAGAAAGACCCAGAUAUUUACAAGCAACUUCAGAAUCAUUUACUUCUCCUAGCAAAAAAUUGAAGGAUAGAAAAUCAAAUGCUAUUCAAAUGAUAAUUAACCAAAAUGUUAAUAAAUGUAACAACAAUAACUUGAAUAAAAACUAUGGCAAUGGUGGUGACAAGUCUUCUCAAAGUGCGAUAACAUGUAAAACAAAGGCAAUGCAAGAACGUCUUUUACAAGGUUUAAGAGCUAGUAAUAAUGAAAAAUCAUCGUCUUCGAAUAUAAGCGGAAGGCUUAUAAUGAGUUCAAACAUUCCAUCAUCCCAUUCUCCUAUAAGUAAUAAUGUAUCAACGCCUUGUAAUUCUGAAGUACUAUCGCCAUUAUCUCCUGCCCAAUUAAUAGCAAACAAACAAACAUCAUCAUUUUCGAGCACAGAAGAACCAUUAACAAUCUCCGUGCAAGAAACUAAUCAGAAAGAAACAGUUUUGAAAUCAAUUUUGGUAUUCAAAGAAGAUCCAAGACAUCAAUUAAGUGUUUGCGCAAAGAAUUUUAAUUUGCCCGAACCUAUAUACAGGAUAUUACCACCAGAUGCUAAAAGUCCAACAACGGUAAUGGCUGCUAUAUAUGCUCAUGUCAAGAUAGGAUCGUACGGAUAUAGUAAUUAUCCACACGAUGCAAGUUCCAACGAUGAAGCACAAAAAUUAGCAGCUAAAAUAGCAUUGAAGGAUCUUAUUGAUAAAUUUGGUUCAUUGUCUAACGUCACAGAAACUGUCGAUAAAAAAUUAAUACAAAACCGUGUCAAAGAAAUUGUCAAUACUCACAUGAAUGGAGUUUUCAAAGAUCAAAUACCUGCAUAUUACAAUCAAAAAUACGGAGAGUGUUUACCUGCACAUUGGCUUAACAUCAUUAAAGAAUGCUCUGAGAUUGCAUUAGAGAAAGGUGCUGAUAAUUCUAUUAUUUUACAACGAUGUAAGAUUCAAACGGAAGAGGCAUGCCAUUCCAUUUCAACAAAAUCAGAUAAAAUAUUGUUGAAUCCGAUAGAAUCAAUAAUACCAGGACAAUUGCAAUUGCCAGAAGAUCAGUAUUGGAUCGUAUACGUUAGUUAUAUCAUGAGUGCACUUGAUGUUUAUGUUCGACUUGGUGGUCCUAAUUAUAGCGACAAAUUUGAUAUUAUGUUAUCUAAUAUGAUGGAAUAUUAUGGUAGAAGCCAAUCUCCUGUUAAAUCAGUCGAGAUAGGAGGUUAUUAUGCAAUAUUCGAAGAUGAUUCUUGGCAUAGAGUUCGCUGUGAAGAAGUCGACAGUAUUACCGCCGGUCUUGUUACUGUCUCAUUCAUCGAUCAUGGCGAUGUUGUUAAACGUUCCUUAAGCGAUUUAUACAUAUUAGAUAAAAUGUUUUGCAGCUUGCCGGCUCAAGCAAUGCGCGUUUGUUUAAGUGGUUUGGAAGACUUCCGAGAUUGCGAAACUGCUUUAUUUCAUAUUGAAAAUCGUUUACUUGGCCUUACUUUUUAUGUCGAAGUGUUAAAUUGUGGCUUUGAUAAAGAUGGUCCAUAUGCAACGGUUAACUUUUAUGAUACAUCUACUCCAAAAGAUAUCAAUUUAAAUAAUGAACUACGUGAUAUGAUAUUAGACGAUAUUAAAGCUUCACCUCAAAUAAAGAAAGAACAAGUUAUAGAAGUUUUGGUCUCGUACGUAGAAAAGAAUGGCGAUAUUUACAUUCAGAUGCAAACAGAGGGAAUGAAGUACUUAAUUGGUUCGAUAAAUCAUAUGAUGCAAACUGGACUAACUGAAGAUAUUUUGGAAUCCAGUACAGUUAUUGUUGUCGACAGAAUGAGAAAAUAUCUUGUAUCCGUCAAUGGAAAUUGGCAUAGAGGAGAAGUGGCGAAUAUUUAUCCAAAUGGUCAAAUUAAGAUGUUCUUAAUUGAUGUCGGCGAAACAGUGAUUGUCAAUAAAGCCAGUUUAUUGGAUUUGAAAUCUCUUUCUGAUUUGUUAACUAACUUUCCUGCACAGGCUAUUAAAGUACAUCUCCAUAAUAUUGAGAAAUCAAAAUUUAAUGAGAAGAUGGUUUCUCGGUUAAGGAAACUUGUUCCACAGGGUCAACCGAUUCUUAUAAGGGUGAUUGAUUAUUCGUCUGUCAAUACACCAUUAGUAGAAAUGUUCAAGCGCAUUCAACCUGAUAACAUGCUUGUUUCUAUUCAUACUACCUUACUUUACGAAGAACUCGAAAGAACUAUUGGAGAUGGUAAUAACAAUGUAAAGUUGAGAAAACGUAUUACGUCUCGAGUAGCAACGAAUGAAAACGACGAUAUUAUACAAACAUUAAAGCCUCCGAAGAUUACAGGAAUUCGCGAAUUUUUUGAUGUACAUGUUACAAUGGCUGCCAAUCCUGGAAAUUUUACCGUUCAACCGCUCGAUAACAAACAAUCUUUUGAGGCAAUGAUGAUCGAAUUACAAAAAGUUUGUUCGACUUAUCAAGGAUUAUAUCCAACGAUUGAAUCGAUUAAAGAAGGCAAUUUUUAUGCAGCUAAAUGUAAAGAUGGCAGUUGGUAUAGAGCAAGCGUUAUGAAUAUUAUCGAUGAAAAUAUGGUUACUGUAUAUUUCUGUGAUUUUGGUGACGUAUACAUACUAUCAUUAGACAAAUUACAACCCUUGGAAAGUAAGUUUUUAGAAUUACCGUAUCAAGCGAUAAAGGCCAAGCUAGUUGGAAUAAGGCCUAUUAACAAGGAUUGGUCGGUGGAAGAUUGCAUAAGAUUUCAAAAAUUGGUAGUAGAAAAGGAUUUUGUAUCUAUAGUCAUUGAAUCGACUUGCGAUGACAACAAAAAUCCUCAUGAAAUUGUACUUGGUCUAAAAUUGAUAGACGUAGAGACAUCAGAAGAUAUUUUCAUUGAUCAACUUUUAGUACAGGAAAAUCGUGCUGUAUUUAUAGACUGAAUUCAUUAUCCUAGUAAAAUAAAUAAGGAUAUAGUAAUACCAAAAGUUAUUAUACAUUUCUACAUUGAAACAAAAAUAAUAAUAAUAAUAUACAAAAAAUUUCAAAAAAAAUGAUAAAAAAAUAAAAAUAAAAAUAAAA